AUGAAGACAACUCGAUAUUCAGCUUCCAGACAGAAGGCUUGUCAGUCAUGCUCUAAUGCUAAAGCAAAAUGCGACCGCAAAGCCGAAAUAUGUAGCCGGUGUGCUACACGAGGCCUCUCAUGUGUUUAUCCAUCCUUAACUCCGGUGGUAGCACAAAAUACAACAUAUACCGGCGGCGAAGCGGAGAUCGAUGCCCAACCCUCGAGUUCAAAAAAUAUUUCAAUUGACACUAUAUUCCCGGACUUGAGCAGCACUGCUAGCGUUUGUUCGCACCCUCAAGACGAUGCAAACGUUGCAAACCUCAGUAAUCCACCUCUCGAUUUUUCGAAUCUCGAACUCGUAUGUCCUAUCAAUGCAGACGACAUCAAUAUGCGCUGGAUGCGCUCAUAUAUUCCUUUACCUGAACAAAUUCCCAAAGCAUACUCCACAGCCACGAUGACUUUCAUCCGCAGGGUUCUCAAAUCAUACUCAGCUGUUGCGGUUCGCAGCCGCGGAAUACCGCCAUUCAUUCACCCGCUUCAGAUGACAGUAAAAUCAGCGUCGCCACUUGCUACAUGUCUAAGUUUGGUUCGGAUUUGCGACAACCUAUUGCCUGGGAGCGAUGAAGCCGUUGCCGGUGUGCUGAUGCGAGAGAUGCAGUAUCUGUACAUGCAACGGACGACUUAUGACGACAUGACGUUGCUUAGCGCUUUUCAAGCAUAUUUAAUCUACUCAAUGGUCCUCUUCUUUCAACUUGGUAGGGUGACUGACUCCUUUUUACGACAAGCCGUAAUAGCUCUUCAGGAGCUUGCGUGCUCGAGUUCUCGUCAGGGACUUCUCUGCAUGGCAGAACAGCUACCCGCUCGACCUAAAUGGGAGGCUUGGAUUGUUACAGAGGCGAAGCGGAGAAGCCUGUAUACCAUGUAUCUCUUUGAUAGUGUGCUUUCGGCUCAAGACGGCCUACCAGUUUAUCUGGGCACCGAAUUGAGGGGUCUCUUCGCACCCGGGAGCAAAACGCUAUGGCAUGCGCAAAGUCGGCAAGAUUGGGAGACCGUUUAUAAUCGACAUUUAGCAGACUGGGCAGGGAAAGGGUUUCAAAUCGAUGAGCUUUGGCCUAUUACAGCAGCUGAUGAUGAUGCUGAAGUGGUUCAAAGGCGUACUAGGAUGGAUCGCUGGUUGGAAAAUCUUGAUGAGUUUGGGAUCAUGAUAUAUGCUGUCACGAGUUCUACGCAUGGUGAUUGA